AUGGCACCAAAACUGACCAAUUGGCGCAUCCGGUUCGCGUGCGUGCCCGCACGCUCGGCUGUCGCGAUCUCGCGCAGCCUCGCGAGCCGCGAGACGCCCGAGACUCGAGCAGAACAGCCCGUGUUGAACAGCCGACGAAGUCUGCAACCUCGUAGAUUUUGUCUCUCUUCUUGGUCCCGGCCAAUUCGAAGAGGCAGACUGGAGCGGCAAGCAUAGCAGCUUUUUCACAGGACGGCCCCUACGGACACAGUACGCUGUACUGUCUGACUUUGGACGAGUCCCCAGCCACAAUGAAUGCGGACUUGCACCUGGAGAGCGCGUCGGUGGCGCUGACCCCCGGAGGUGGUGGGGAUGCGGGGGGCCCCCUGGCGGAGGAGGCGUGCCCGGCCAGCCCCCCCGCGGCCCCCUCCGGCUCGUCCGGCGCGGGGGGCUUCAGCUACGAUGAGGUGUUCCCUGCGCUGCCCGAGAAGGAGGCCGUACCCGAGGUGUCGAGCAGCUCUGGCAGCCUGGGACAGUGGAACCACAGGAUGCACGUCAAGUCUUCCGUCAUCACCCAGAUCUUUCAUGUGCCAAGCGAGGAGCGUCGUUUCCGCGAGACGAGCUCGCAGCGCUUUGGGGACCUGGGGGAGCAGGCCAAGAUCUGUGCGGACAUCAUGCGGGACACCCAGACCACCAUCGAAGUGAGCUCCUCCCGCGACCUCUCACUCACGGUGCUGGUCACGGGCCGCGAGCGUAACGUCGCCCUGGCUCGUGCUCAUGUCAUGCGGGCCCUCCAGACGCAGGCCUCUGGCAGCAUCCAGAUCCCCAAGGAGCACCACCGUUUCAUCCUGGGCCAGAAGGGCAAAAACUUGAAGGAGCUGGAGCAGACGACGGCCACCAAAAUCCACGUGCCACGCACAGACGAGAACUCUGACACCAUCACCAUCACGGGCAGCAAGGAGGGCAUUGACCUUGCCCGGGACCACAUCCAGAAGAUCUCCGAGGAGAAGUCCAAGCAGGGUGUGGAGAGGCUGCAGAUCCCCCGGAUGUACCACCCCUUCGUGCGGGGCCCCUACGACAACGUGGUGCGGGGCCUGGAGCAGGAACAUACUGUGCGCAUCCGGCUGGGCCGGGAGGAGGACGAAAUCACCGUCACGGGGGACAAGGAGAAUGUGGCUCGGGCUCGGGACGCCAUCAUGGCCAUCUACAACGACCGCCAGUCGCACUGCGACAGUGUCGGCGUGGAGGUGAAGAAGUCCCAGCACAAGUACGUCCACGGGUUCCGCGGCCAAACCCUGCAGGAGCUGUUUGACCAGACGGGCGUCUGGGUGGAGGUGCCCCCCAUGGAGAGCGACGUAGAGACGAUCGUGCUCAGGGGGGAUGCGCAGAACCUCGGGCACGCCCUCUCCCUCGUCUACGAGAAGGCCAACAGUGUGAAAACGGCGACCAUCCCCGCAAAGAGCUGGAUGCACAAGUACAUCAUUGGCAAGAAGGGCGAGAACAUUAAGAAAAUCACUCAGGAUCACAAGGCGAUGCACGUGGACUUCUGCGAGGACGAGAACCUUAUUCGGGUCGAGGGUCCGGUGGAAGAGCUGGAGCUGGUGAAGGCGGCCCUGGAGGAGAAUGUGCGGGAGAUCGAGAGCAAAAUGGAUUCCGUGGAAAUCAAGAUCGAUCCCCAGUUUCACAGGCACAUCAUCGGCAAGGCUGGCGCUAACGUGAACCGGCUGAAGCAGGAGUUGGGGGUGACGGUGCACGUGCCCUCGGACGAGGCGCGGUCACCCGUGGUGCGGGUGGAGGGGCCCCCCGAGGGUGUGGCCCAGGCCCAGGCCGAGCUGCUGGACAUGGCCCACAAGCUGCAGAACGAGGUCACCCGGGAGCUGACCGUGGAGCCCCGCUUUCACCGCUACCUCAUCGGGGCCAAGGGGGAGGCCAUCCAGGAGGUGCGUCGGCAGUUCAACCAAGUGAACGUGACGUUCCCGGAGGCCGGGGCCCGCAGCGACAAGGUGCUGAUCCGGGGUCCCCGGGAGGACGUGGAGGCGUGCCACCGGCACCUGGCCCAGACCUGCCGGGACCUGCAGGCCUCCAGCCACAGGGUGGACCUGGUGCUCUUCAAGCAGUUCCUGCGCCACCUGGCGGGCAAGGGGAGGCCCACCCUGCGCCGCAUCCAGCAGGAGACUGACACCAAGAUAGAGCUGCCCGCCGAGAACAGCAACUCGGACGUGGUCAUGAUCACGGGCAAGAAGGAGAAUGUGGCCGCUGCUAAGGAGAAGAUCCUCGAGGCACAGAAGGAGCAGGCGGACGUGGUGGAAGUGAGCAUCAUGAUACCCUGCAACCUGCACAACUCGAUCAUCGGGGCCAAGGGGCGGCUGAUCCACUCGAUCAUGGAGGACUGCGGUCGGGUGCAGAUCACCUUCCCGCAGCAGGACUCCAAGAGCGACCGGGUCACCCUCAGCGGGCCGAAGGAGGACGUGGACCGGGCCAAGAAGCAGCUCCUUGACCUCUCCAACGAGAAGCAGCUGUCCAGCUUCACCGAGGAGGUCCGUGCCCAGCCCAAGCACCACCGCUUCCUCAUUGGCAAAAACGGCUCCAACAUCCGCAAGGUUAGGGAGAAGACCGGUGCCCGCAUCAUCUUUCCGUCGGACCGUGACGAGAGCCAGGACACGAUCGUCCUUAUGGGCAAGAAGGAGUCCGUCCUCGAGGCCAAGAAGCUGCUGGAGGAGAUGAUUGAGAACUUGGAGAAGGUGGUUGAAGAGGAAAUGCACAUCGACCCCCGCCAUCACCGGCACUUUGUGGCCCGCCGGGGGGAGGAGCUGCGGCAGAUAGCGGAGGAGUUUGGUGGCGUGCAAGUGAGCUUCCCCCGCAGCGGGGAGCACAGCGAUCUGGUGCAGCUCAAGGGGGCCCGGGAGUGCGUCGACGGUGCGCGCAAGCGCAUUCUCGAGAUCGUCCAGGACCUGGAGUCCCAGGUGACGCUGGAGGUAGUGAUUCCCCAGCAGCACCACCGCGCCCUAAUGGGCACCAAGGGCCACAAGGUGCAGCGCAUCAACCAGGAUUUCAAUGUCCACGUCAAGUUCCCCGAGCGGGAGUCCCGCGACAGGGAGCCCCUGGAGAACGGUGAGGCAGCGGUGAACGGGGAGGUGGCCGAAGUGGCUCCUGAGGAGGGCAAGGUCCGCAAGGAGGACUUGAUCCUGAUCAAGGGCAAGCAGGAGGACUGCGAGCACGCCAGGGAAGCCCUCCUGGCCCUGGUGCCCGUCUCCCAGGAGGUGGAGGUUCCCUUCAAGCUGCACCGCUUCAUCAUUGGCCAGAAGGGCGCCGGGGUCCGUCGGCUGAUGGAGGACCACGACGUGAACAUCAGCGUGCCGCCCCAGGCGGACGAGAGCGACGUGCUGGUGGUGUCCGGGACGCCGGCCAACGUGGCCUCGGCCAAGGAGGCCCUGCUCCAGAGGGUGGAGCAGAUCCUCGAGGAGGAGGAGGACAGGAAGCUGCGCAGCUUCCACCUGGAGGUGGAAGUGGACAACAAGUACCACCCCAAGAUCAUCGGUUGGCGGGGCACCAUGGUGAGCAAGAUCCGCAAGGACCACGGCGUCCAGGUGCAGUUCCCGGACAAGGGGGCCCCCGAGGAGAACAUCAUCACCGUGGUGGGCUACGAGAAGAACGCCAUCACGGCCCGUGACGAGAUCUUGCGCAUUGUCAAAGAGUGGGAGGACAUGGUGACCCGGGAGGUGGAGAUCGACCACCGGAUCCACUCGCGGCUGAUCGGGGCCCGGGGCCGCAACAUCCGGCGCCUGAUGGAGCAACACAAGGUGGAGAUCAAGUUCCCCCGGCCCGAGGACGCCAACAAGGACUUGGUCCAGGUGACCGGGGCCGAGGAGGACGUCGAGGAGGCCGUCGAAUACCUCAAGCAGUUCGAGGACGAGCACCUGGAGGACAUCUUGGACCAGGAGAACUACCAGGCGACGCGCCAGAGUGGCCGCAGCGCCGGCGGCACCGAAUCCGUCUGGAACGAGGUGCCCCGCUCAAGCGAGGGCUUUGUGGUGCGCGGCGGCCCCUGGGAGCAGCGAGCCCCCGACACCUCGAGCACCCAGGAGUUCCCCUCGUUCGGCGGGGGACCUCCCAUCGACGCCGUGCCCGCCAAGCCCGUGCCCUGGGGCCCCCCCCGCCGCUAGGCCCCGCCCCCGCAAGACCUCUCCUACCCCUCUUCAAAGUCCCCCCUUUACUCUCCAACUCAUUGUUGUCUCUUCUCCUUUUUGAGGGACCAGUUUUUUUUUUUCUUCGGUCUCUCUCUCUCUCUCUCGCUUUCCAGUUUUUUUUUCGACGUAGCGGUCUUCACCUUGUUUCGUUGUGUGCCCGCAUCCCGUUAAUCUAGUUCGAUACAGACUUGUUGAAAUGACAAUUGAUCGCAAAUAAGGUUCCAGGCCAUUUUUUUUUUUUUUUUUGUCUCGCAUUGUUAUAAUUUUUUGUCUUCUUUUUCGAGCUAAUUUUAUUUAGGUCGAAGAGUCGUGCCCCGUCUUCCCUCGGACCCUCUUGUUAAGAGCUUCCAGUCGUCGGAUCAGUAAAGGACUGUCUGUUGCCGUUUUCGAAUGCGCAUUCUUGAUUUUUUUCUUGUCAGUCGUUAAAACUGCCUCAUUGCCCUACUUUGGUGUCCCUUUUUCUGCAUGUGCCUUCGUGCCGCUGUGUAGAUGCCCAGAGUUUUUAUUUUGUCUCUUCUGGCGUUGUCGUACCUACAGUUUCGAGCGCUUCUCCGUCGCGUCAUUAGUGGCUCCCGCCGACGGGCUUACGAAUUUUUUGUUCUCAAAUGAUGUGCAAUGUCCACCUCCGAAGAAAGCGUCGUACAGUGUCUCGUGCAGCUUCCACGAGAGAGUUGCUCGGAGGCUCACGUUUUUCGGUGAGCGCCCUCGAGGACCCCGUUGCCUGAGGAAAUUGCAGAUUAAAUCUGUAGUCCCUCAAUUCUCUCUGCAUGCAUGUGUACAUGAGCAUGUAUUUUUUGGCGUCGUGGGAACUCCUUAUUUAAGUAAACUUUUAUUUCAGGGUUGCCACGAAAACUGGUUGGCCUUUUUCUGUUUUUAAAAUGUUGGGUUUUGUCCUCUUAAUUUUUUUCUUGCAGUCUUUUCCCUCCUGCGUUUAUUGGGCGUCGCUUCCUUGAAAACUAGAGAAUAUUUAACGUAAUUCUAACGAAACUACAACCAAGCUUACAUGCCCAUGUUUACUUUUUUUUUUAACAAGCACAAGUUGUGUAUCACAAUGCUCAAGUUUUUGGGUGCAACAUAUAUGGCUCAACUAGCGGGCUGUAUUCCGUUUUAUUUCAUCUGUGGGAAUGAAAUCUGUCUUGUGUAAGAGCAGGUUUGGAGUGCUCUUUGACGCGCACGAUUUUUGGUUGGAGUGACGUUCUGGGGUAGGGGCACUUAGGUUGACCCUGCUCUUUUGGGAGUCUUGGGCUGGUGCAAACUUCCACGGUGAUUAUUAUAAUUUUUUUUUUUUCCCAGAUUUACCGGUUGAAUGUGUGUGUGUGUCUAUGUGUGUAUGGAUUGGUCAGAAGCAGUGGAUCGAGAUUAGUGUAGCCCUCAUCCUUGUUUGGUGAGGGGGCAGACCCCUCGGCCUGUGGUACACAAAACGAGAGGCGGAGACGUGCGGGAGAGGAGACUAUUUCCAGAAACAAAACCGGGGAGAGGCUUUGGGAAUGGUUUGUGUGGGGGGAAGUUUCUAUGCAGUCUUUGUGCCAGUCGUUGUAUAUUCAAAAGAAGAGGUAUAUUGAUCUAUAAAAAGGGGAAUAAAAAAAGUGUUACAAAAA